AUGCCGGCUAACGAGCCAAAUGAAGAGCAGCCGAAAAGAAAACCCCCACCACGACCUAAGCCAGGACAGAAGAGAUUCUUAUCAUCUGUGCUUAACAUCCUAUCACAAUCCACAACAGGUACCCAAUAUCCUGAUGUUGAGGAGCUACCUAAAUCAUUGUCAAAAUCCAUAAGUAAAGUUAAGAGAAUUACCAAAGAAUACGAAGAAAUAGAUGAACAAUUUAUGAUGGACAUAAAAGAAAACGAUGCUGAACAGAAGAAGAGCAAACCUAAAUAUAAAUCGAGAAUAUUGAAUUCCGUCGUGAGCACGCAUGAUAACUUUAUAAUUCUACAAUCAAGAAAGGACCUUACACAUACACCAUCAAAUUAUUCAGAAAAAGGAAAAGAUCUUUCGCGACCGGAGUUAGUAAAUCCAAUCCGAGAACUUCUUGAAAAUAAUAUCUAUAGCGGUGUAGCUGAAGGCUUAGCCAAAGAAAUAUUGGAAGCACAUUCAUCUAAAAAGAUAAUCAAAAUUCAAGAUGAACCAAAUACAUUAGUCUCUGAAGUUCCAUAUGAAGAUGAUAAGUUUCUUUACGAUAUUUUCAAAGAUUUACUUGAGACAACAUAUGAUGUUUAUAAUGUGGAAACAAAGUUGGAUACUAAAGUGAAAAAGCCAGAAACUGCAAUGGAAAUAGACGAAUUUGUUGCAAAACGAUUAAAUUUUAAAGAUGAUAUUGAAUCAAAGACUCCCGAAAACGAACAUUUAAACUUUUGCGUUAGAGAUAAAAUAUUGAAACACACCAAUAGUGAGGAUCAGAUGAAACAAGUCAAAAAUGUAAGAAAGCCACAAAUAAAAAAGUUAAAAUUUGGAUCAUUCAUGCAACAGAAACUGAAUAUUAUUGGUAAUACAACGGCGAACACAGUUAAUAGAAAGCCGUUAUCGAAGAAAGCUAGGAAACGAGACCUGUUAAACAUAUUUAAGGAAGAAUUGAAAAUGGAUUACAAUACUUACGAAGAACCCAAGAACUUAUAUCAAGCAUUACGUGAAAUGGCGCUUUAUAAACGUAAAUGCAGACAGAAAAGGCAGAUACAUUUCGAUUCGGAUGAUAAGAGGUUCAGCAAUGAGUGUUUAUUGACAACUCGUAAAAUUUUCCAGGUAACGAAAUCAAGGAAAAUGAACAACAAGAAAAAAAAUGAUAAAAUCAAAACUAAGGAUUAUCCAGAAAUUCACAAUCCGCAAAUAAGGGCUUCGAUUAAAAAGUUGGAUAGAUUUGAAUCUAAUCAUUCGUUAGAAGUGUAUGGUCUUGAUUAUGAGUGCACAAAAGGAGAGUUGUGCAGGAAAACAUUCACGCCAUUUUCAGCUGCCUCCAGUGAACUAGAAUUAGAUGCUUUUACCACUAUGGGAAACUCUGACAGUUAUUUUAGCAUUCGAGGGAGUUUUUAGUAUUAUACCUAUGCAUUAGGACAAACACUUAAAGACGUACUACCAACGUAAUAAUUGCAAUACCUAUUACUUAUUUAUUGUUUUUUAUU